UCUGACGUCAGCAAUCUUUUAGUGAUGAUUUUCAUGUUUAGUACAGGGAAGGCUAACGACAGUUUUGUGUGUUGAUUUUGGAGUAUUUCUUGUUCGAUUUUAUUUUGUGUGUUGUGUUAAACAAUGUUAUAAAUCUGUUUAUGUUGAAGAGUAUCUAAGUUGGAAAAUUCGAGUCGGCAGCCAAUCCUUGCAACCAACCACCACCUACGUACAGCGUGAUCGUGUCUCGCGCUAACUCGGACCGAGUUGCUUUGGAUUUUACAGCAUGUAGAGAGGAAAGCAGACAACUUAAAGUGGGUCAACAGGGACAUGGGUACCAUGGCUACAAAACCUAACAAUCUUUUAAUACGUUUUAGAUCUAGAUCUAUGCUCUGCUAUUCAAAUGUGCUAAAUAUGAGAUACAUACAAUUUAAAUCUAUUUUAAUGCCAAUCAGUUGAAUCAUUAGAUUUAUUCAUGGUAUUCUAGAGUCUAGAUUUAAAGAUAAGAAGAUAGAUCUAGAAUCUAGAUCUAGGAUAUAAUAUUCUACCUAAAGUCAUAGUGACAGUCGUAUACACACGAUAUAAGAAGUAUAGACUACUAUAGUCAUAUAGUCUAUACUAAUUACUAUACUACUAUAGUCAUAGUUCAAUUUUGAUUUGCUGUAUAAAUGCUCCAUAGUCCAUAGCAGUCAAGACUAAGAUAGAUCUAUAAUCUAGAUUAAUCUAGAAUCCAUGAUUAUGAUGGGAUCAUUAUAUGAUUAUACUGAGUAGAUGCUAUAGUAUGCUAUACUAUACUAAUAUUUAAUAUAUCUAAAUAUGAUUGCUUGUCUAAAGAAGACAAUAAUUAAUAGUGAUUAAUUUGACUAGAGAAUAAACUGUGCUACUAGAGUUAGAGUUACUAGACUCUACACAGUCUACUGACUAGACACUUGAGUUAUCAUUUGAAUCUAGACUCUAAGAUACUAAUAGCAAAAUUAUUACUCGUAUAGUAUGAUCUAUACUUUAGUAUAACAUCUACAUAUCUUGAUAUGUGUGAUAUAUGUGUCAUUUAUUAAUCCACCUAUAAUACUAUUUAUUACAAUGCCUUGCCCCUAGCAUUCACAAAUGGGAUUUAUUCUUAAAAUUGAAAAGAUCUAUACCCACACAAGUCUACGAGACAUUACCAUGUCCAGCAAGCACUUUCAAUUACUCGGCACAAUGUCAUUUCUGCAGCUGCUGUUCUUAUAUUAUAAAAUAAUACAGCACGCAACAUGAUGCCACCCAUGGCGACUUUGUCAGCAAAACGAAAAUGGUCAGAGUCCUUUGGUGAUGCAGAAAUCUGUGACAAACAAUCCAUUAUGGAUUUGUGCACUUCAAAGCUGCGGUAUGUAAAUCCUGCUCGUCCACCUCGCAGAAGAACCGAAGUCCCACUUCUCAGAAAUGUUCUCAUUGUAAACACUAUGAAACAUCUGUCAGCAGAAAUGAAGACUGAAAAGCAGAUGGAGUACAGUGAGGAUCUAAGUGUUGAUCCUGGCCACUUUGAAGGUCUGCCUCCUUUGUCAGAAUUGCUUACUGAUAUUAUGCUAGACCCUCAACCCAUUGAUCAACAAACAUCUGCUUCUUUUGGCUGGACAUCUUCUGGAGCUCAGUCGUAUGCUAAUCUUACCCCUUUGGAGCCCAGUAUACCAUCUUAUAUGGACGCUGAAGAUAAUGUUAUGGAGGGAGUUGAAGAAGAGAAAAUAGUUCAUGACUUGCUACCUUGUACCAGUGUAAUAGGUUUGAACACUUCUCAACACCAUUCAACUCACUGGGAAUCACAUAGCUUAUCUAGGCAUGUAGAAACCCCAUGGCAAGAUCAAAACUCUCCAUUGCAUAACUCUGGGCCUUGGAGCCCAUCCUGUGACACUAGUGUUCUUGACUGUUUUUUGUCAAGUGCCUCGCUACAGCCCUCUAAUGAUUCACUCGAUUCACUGGCCUCUGAACUGGCAUUCCAAACGUCUAGUGCACCUCUUCCGUCUUUUACAUCACUAUUUGAAUCCCACAACAGUUUUACAGAACUAUCAUCAUCUGGGUCUCAACCAGUAUCCACUGCCCAUUUAUCGACCACAAAUCAGCCAUUUUCAGGACUCAGCACUGCUUCAAAUGAUGAACUUUUAGGCAGCUUACAUUUGUCUGAGUCUGAGCUAGAGAUUCUCCUUGCCAUGACUGUUUCCUCCAAGCACAUGUCAUUUGAAGAUUUAGUUCAAGCUUUACCUUUACAGCAAGCAUCUCAACCAUCUCAGUCAUUCUAUGUGCCUUCCUCGUUACAAAGCUCUGGUACCACUGUAUGUGACAGCACUCCCACCGCCAACAGUCAGUGUUCCAGCUAUUGCCGCAAUGAUCAACCACCGCCAAACGUAGACGAUAACAGUCUUGUCAGAGUGCUAGUCAACCUUUAACUGUUAUCAUGUUGUGUAGCAGCUCUUUUUUGCCUUCUGAAUAAGACCUACACUUUAAUUUAUGGUAGGGUGCAGACCUGGUAUGUAUACAAGUCUUCAUUAGCCUUGUUGAAGUCAGUGACUCUUAUGUUAAAUUAUUUGUGUAUGCCUUAAAAACAAGUUUAAUACAGCUGUGUACCAAAAGUGAAUUGGUCCAAGGAAAGAAAUGAUGCCAUUACUUGUAGCUGUCAAGAUCCUCAGGGAGAGCAGUUGAAACUUAGCAAUUGAUGAUUAUUUAUAUGUUGCCAUAUCAUUGAGGUGGUUACUAAGUCUAUGAUGCUUGUGCUGUGAGAUUUUUUAAAGUUAAAUUUGAUAAAAAGGUAUAAAUUCAACAUAAACUUUAUAUUCAUCUAAAACAUUUUUUAAAACUUUGAAAGUAAAAAAGAAACACUUAAUUUUUUUUUUUACAUUUUUUAAAAUGUGCUAUUGAGGUGUGAAAACGCCAUAAAUUUGGCAACACUGUGAAGAUAUUGUCAACCACAAUGACUUGUGAUAUUGUGUUCCUUCAGUAGAGGCAAUAUGACUAUUUUACUGUUUCAUACAUUAAAUGUGUGAUAUACAUAUUAAUCAUAUAUAUUAAUAAAAUACAAAGCUUUUUCUUUUCACAUACAUGUAUUGUUAUGUCUCCAAAAUUAAAUGUAGAUAACAGAAUUGUUACGCAAAGCUCUUCAGAGACAUGGAUGCUGGAGCUGAACCUUGAGUUUUUUCAUGUCUUUAAAACAUACAUACAUAAUCAUAUGUGCAUUUUCUCCCUUGUAUACUUUGGCUGUGAUUAUUUCAUAUAUCUCUGCUGAUCACUCAUAUUUAUAUCUAAUUCAAAUUAAAUUAUUUGUUUCUAACUCCUUUUCAAGGUUUUCACAGCUAGGCCUCCACUAUACACCUGUUUCUAUUACUAGAAAAAUCUUGAAGUCCUAUUUAAGUUGAACUGAUUCUGUAUUCAAAUGAAGGUUGUAAUUCACACAAAUGGGUGACUGUAAUAGUUUUUUUUUUCCUUCUCCUCUUCUAAGAACACUGUUUCUAUUUCUCUGCAAACCUUUGUCUUUCAGUCACUUCAAUUGCUAUUCUUAGAGAUCUGUAUCAGCCCAUUGGUCAUGCAUACAGUACACGUUAUCUUCUCCUGUACAUAAAGUCCCAUUUCUAAAUUAUUUUCUUCAAAUAAUAUGCACAUAUUUAAACAAAUGAAUUGUGAGAAAGGCAUGCAUUUUUAGUAUGUUGUUGUUGAAAGUUGUAUGAAUUUUGGUAGCUGUCUAGAUUUAUUUUUACUUGUAAUUCUCAGCAAGUGCUAAUUAUUAAUGUUAUGCAUUUAUUAAACCUUUUCAUAAUUUUUAUAAUUGUCCAAAAUCAUCUAAUCAUUAUUUUAGUUUGUGUGGAUUAAGAUGUUAAGAGAAUUCACUUUAAAAAAAAAUACAAGUUAGAGGCACUUCAUAACUAGUGCAUUUAUAAUUAUUAGAUAUAUUUGAUAGUUCUUAAUUCAAUAAGAUCAGUUUGUUAGCAAAAAUUUGUUAAAGACAGCUGGAUAGUCUUGCCAAAUUUUUUCUUUACUUUGGAAAAGUGUAUUUUUUUUAUAUAAAAAAAAGGUAAAUCUUAAAGAUAUAUAUUAAUAAAUCACAUAAAAAAAAAUAAAGUUAACAAAUAUUCAGAUAAUUUAUAUAAUUGUGAGCAUAUUGUAGACUUUGGUUGUUGUUUUUUUUAACAUAAAAUCUAUUGCUCUUAUAUGUUUUUUUUUAGCAAGUAGUAUUACUCUUGUUAGGACUGGUACCGUUUCUGUGGAUAAGAUAAGACUAACUGAAUUUGUCCUUACAUUUAGUCAUAGUGAAAUUCUGGUCGUUAUUUUAAUUAUCUUUUUCAUUUUAAUAUUUUGGAGUCAAAAUAUUGAUAGUCUUCUUGGGAGGGACAUCUGUAAUUUAUAAGAUAAGAACAAGAUAUUUGUAGAUCAGUGGUAGCUUUGUUCAAGUAAAGUAUGAAAUAUGUGUAUACUUAAUAUUAACAUUUUGUUUUCCAGGGCUACAGAAAUAUGUUAUUAAUAUUUGUAUAGUGCAGCUAAGGGUAUAACACAUUUUUACUGACAAAGUGAAAUAAACAAUUGGGGACUAAUUUUUAAAGAUUAUUUUAAAGAGCUUUUAUUCCAUUCUUGUAAAAUAUCAUUUAUUGCUGGUCAGUGCCAAGCGGUCACAUUUGUGAGUAACUGUUGCUAACAAUAUGUACAAUAAAAAAAAGUGUGAAUGCAUAAUCAGCAUUUGUAUAUAGCUUAUUAAUAUAUUUUUCUACACAGAAAUCUCAAAACAAAAAAUGAAUUUAUGUUUAAAGGUUUACAGCCUCCUGUAAAUUUGGUAUUAACACAAUGCCAAAAUGUGUAUGAGAUGUGACAGACUUUGGAGUAGAAAAGGGUUAAAUAUAUCCAUUUCUUAGUCACUUGUACCUUUUAAUAAGCUUGCGAGAUCUUUGGAUGUCAAAGAUUUUUUGUUGUGCAAAAUCAAAAGUGUAAUUUUUGCAUUUAGGGGAAAUAAAUUGCUCACUGAUUAUUAAGUUGAUGAUGUUUCUGUGUUAACCUACAGAUAGCAGCUACAUACAUAUAUUUUUACAAUGUAGAAAUAACUUUUUUUUUUCUUAUUAAGUCUCACUGCAUCAGAAAAACAUUGUUAGGAUGGUGAAAGUAUUUAAGAUGCCUAAUUGACACGGAAGUUGGGUAGAUUCUCUAGUUAUAACAAAUACAAAUGUACAAGACUAUUAUGACCAAAUUUUUUUUUACUUUUUUUUUUAUGUUUGAAUUUGUUGCUAAAUAAUGAUGCUGUACAUACAUGAAAACACUAUUCAGUGACAAGUGGUGCAUGAGAUUGAUGACAUUUGUAAGGCUUUAUUCAACAUUCCAUUUUUUUUUUUAUUUUUUUUUUUUUUUUUUUUUUUUUUUUUUUGGGAAAUCCUAGAAAGAGGUUUGUUUUUCUUUUUUUUUUUUAUGAGAUGGUGCUGUUUGACAGGUCAUUUUAUAAUUUGAACAAAUCCAUGAUAUGAUCACACAUUAUUAACAGCUCAAUACAAGGAAUAUUUUAAAAAUAAAAAUUCAUUAAUAUGUUUGCAUUUACAGAUAAUACAUUUUUUUUUCAUGCUUGUUUUGGCACUUUUGAUCAGAAAAUAAAAAGGGAACUUUUUAGAAAACAAUAUUGAUGAACUGUAUCUUACAUAUGUUCUUUGAAUUUGUGAUUUUUCUACAGUUAUUUAUUUCAGUAUGGCCCAAGAAUGUAAUAAAUAAUGAAAUGUGUGAAUUGAUUUUAUUGUUUGAAAAAAUUUAUAACAUAUUACUCAUUUUUUUUUUUAAUUUAUAUCAAGGCCACGUCCUGAAAGGCAAUGUCAACUGCUAUAUAUUUAUAUAUAAUGUUUUGUUAUAGUGUGUAAGCAAAAAUGUAAAGAUGGACCAAAAACAAAAAGUGUUAACACUAUAUUUUGAUGUCAUGACUGAGUUUGACGUUGUUCACAAAUACCAUUGUUUUAGUCUUGCUUCCUGACUGGUGAGAUUAUGUACCAAGACCAGUUUGUCUCCUGGUCUUAUGCUGAGUUCUGUUAUUAUGCAAAUAAACCCUGACAUUGUACUUUAGACUUUCCUAGUUUCUUCUAUGAGAUACCUAUGUGCCCACAGUAAGACAGUAGUCUACAUGGUUUUUACUAAGUUAUUGGUGAGAUGAAAGUUGGUUUGGAUAAGAUGUGUACUGGAUGGGAAUAGUAGUACGGUGCAGUUAGAAAUUGAUGUUAAAAAUUUUUUUAUAUAGAGACCCACAUAUUCUAUUUUAACAUAAAAUGUGCCCAUAUUCGUAUUUUUUGCCUUAUUAAAGUGGAUAAACCUUUAUGUGGUAAGUGAUAGAAAAACCUUGCCUGCAUUUGCCUAAGUAGAAGACCUGGAAAAAAAAUUAAAACCUUGCCUUAGUUAUGAAUUGAUUCUAUUCUGACAAAGUUUAGCCAAAUAGAUGCAAUUUGUUUUUUUAAAGCUGUAAACAUUGAGUGAAAGUUUGGAGGUAGUUUGAAAAUGAACUUGAUUAGCUUAGACACUAAAUAGCUGACGCGAAGUUGGUCAUUUCUUUAUAUUCACUUUGUUCUGAGUGGACCACCAUUCAAUGUCAAUUAAUUUUUAUUGUGAUUAUAUAUUUCUUCUUUGGCCAUUGCAUUUCUGUUUCCCCCCAACCAGAUCUUUUGACAAAUGUAUUCGCUGGUCAUGUCCGGUGAUCACGUGGUAUAUGACAUUCGUUGGAAUACUAGUCCGUCUCAUGAUUCACCGCUAAGGCAGCAACGAUUGUUUACUGUUUUGUUGACUUGGAACGUAAGCAAUCUAUUUAUUGUUGAUGUUAUUGUUUGGUCUCAACGUCCUAUAAAUGCAAUGUUUGUCUCUCUCGGUACAGGACUUACACACUGGUUCAUUGAUACAUUAUUACAAUAUUUAUCCAAAAAAUAAUAAAUAUUUUAAAAUGUU